ACCAACUUGUUAAUUACUCAAUUCAAAAAAGAUAAUAGGGAAAACUUGAAAAAAUCAGGUAUAAAUGAGGAAUAAAGCGAAAGAGAAAGUUUACUGGAGGAUGUGAUAGGGUUGAUGGAGGAAGAAGAGAGGAAAAAGCAUGCAGAUAAAGAAAAAAAAAGCUUCCCUAGAAAAGGCUUCCCUUGACAUUAGAAAAAGGGCAUUAGAAACCCUGACACCCACAAAAGAUUGUGAUGAAGAAGAAGCUAUUAGACCAAAGAAAUCAAAAUCAUCCAACAACAUUCUUUCUUAUCUGCAAGAAAAGAAGGAAGUAGAGAUGGAUAUAAGAAAAGAGGAGAUGGAAAUGAAGAAACAACAACUACAGUUUGAGAGGGAGAAAUUUGAGUUGGAGAGGAGACAGAGAAAGGAUAUUGAAAGACAGGAAAAGAUGAUGAUUUUUGAAAUGUUUAGAAAGCUCCCGGACAAGAACUGAAUUAGCUGAUAUUUU